AUGACGGCAUGGUGUGGAAGAGCUGCGGCGCCGCUCUGCUCCGGCGUCGACGACGUCGUCCUCAGCUUCUCAGCCACCCCACGCCAUGACUCCAGGUCCACAUCUGCCACCUUCACCUUCUGGGUCCUACGCGCCACCAGAGGGCCUUGCGCUGAUAGCCUCAUCACCUGCCAGUUGGACGGCGAGCCAGCGUCACCCUGCGAUGGAUCCAGCGGGAACAACGGGACGAAGGCGGUGGCAAGCUACGUAGGGCUCAAGCAUGGGAACCACACCUUCACGGCGUGCGCGAGAACCACGUCACCUUCGAAUUCAUCGUCCGUGUCGGUGGGGCCGGCGUUCACGAGCGCGGCCUCCACCUUGUCGGCGCUCGUCUCCUUCUCCGAGCCAUGCCCCGGCCAUGGUGGAUUUGUCUGCAAUGCCACCUACUGCAAUCUCAUCGUGUACGGCUCCAGCGGCGUGGACCCAUCGAUGCUCCAGGUGCUCAUCCCUAGCCUGCGCUACUCCACCACCCUGGACCGCUACCCCCCGCACCUGCAGCCAAGACGGCCACAGCUACCACGCCAACCACACUGA